AUGCUGCCGCGAUCGCCGGCGAGCCUCCACCUCAGGUCGCUCCGGUGGCCGCGAGGCUUCAGCUCCUCCUCGGUCCCAGCGGCGGCCGCGAAGGAAGGGGCCGACGGGAAGAUCGUGGCGUCGGUGGUGUUCGAGCGCCUACCCGUCGUCAUCCCCAAGAUCCACCCCGUCGUCUACGCCUUCCAAGAAUUCUCGUUCCGGUGGAGGCAACAGUACAGGCGGCAGUACCCCGACGAUGUCCUAGGCAAGGCGGACGCGAGGGGCAAGGGUGAUUAUCAGAUAGACUAUGUGCCUGCUCCAAGAAUCACAGAAGCCGACAAAGCAAAUGACAGGAAGUCACUACAACGAGCUCUGGAUAAUAAGAUAUAUCUUCUCCUGUAUGGCAAAACUUUUGGGGCUCCUGAUGGCAAACCUGUUUGGCAUUUCCCAGAAAAAGUGUACGAAAAUGAAGACUCUUUGCGUUUGUGUGCCGAGUCAGCCCUAAAAUCUGUUCUCGGCGGACUUGACAAUACAUAUUUUGUUGGCAACGCUCCAAUGGCUCACAUGGUAACUGAACAAAAAGAGGAUUCCAGUGUUUCACCAUUCAAGCAGCGGUUCUUCUUCAAGUCGCAAGUGAUCGGCACCACGCAUUUGGACAUCAGGAGGUGCGAAGACCACGCGUGGGUGACCAAAGCUGAGUUGCUGGAAUAUUUUCCGGAGCACAAGGAUCUCUUGAAUAAGAUGAUCAUUCACGUAAGAUAG